AUGCUUGCUGGUGUAACUGACAGCGUUGAGGAUGCAAGGAAGCUGAUCUAUCUAGUUAAAGCCAUUCCGUGCAAGAUUAAUCUCAUUCAGUUUAAUCCUCACUGUGGCUCCCAAUUCAUACCAACCAGCAUAGACAGAAUGAUCGAGUUCCGUAAUCUACUAGCACAAGGAAACUGCUCAUUGUUAGCAGAGCAGAGUUGA